UUUGAAAAAAAAUCUUAUGAUCCUGUGUUCAAUAGAUAGUAUUUCUGAAAUAUUAUUAAGUAUUUUAAAUAAUGAUUGUUGUCUUUUUUUUCCUGCUAUUCCUAGAUAAAAAAGAUGCAAGGGCAGCAAAAGGUCGCAAAAGGCCACCGGUUAAGUUGAAAAAGAGGAAGUUAAAAAAGACGGGAGGUUUUGUUGAAACAGCUGAAGUUGAUAGCAUUUUUCUUGAAAGUGAACGCAACCUGAGAAUCUUAGAAGAGCAUAAGCCAACAAAACCAGAUAAAGAGAAGAAAAAACAUAAAUUGGCAACACUGAAAAAAAGAAGGGAACAGAGAAAUGACGUUGAUGCUAGAUCUGAUGAUCAGCUUCCUCACAAGGAUGAACAAUGUAUGGAUCAAAUAAAUUCUUGCAGGACAGUAGGCAAUGAUUCCGAAGCAAAGAGCAAUAUUAUCGAUUCUGCAGGGUUUAAAGAAGCAAAUAUGGGAAGGAAAAAUAAGAUUAAGAAGGUGAAAAAGGCUGGCAAGAGUAAAAAGAAAGACCUCCACGUACAUCCAGAAGAGAGCAAAUUAGAAGAGAAUCGCAAUGAAAUAGAUCCAGCAAAGUUUGAUGAAAUCUCAUCACUGGAUGAAGAUUGUUCGAGAGGAAUGAAAAUUAAAAUCCAGUGCAUUUCUUUCAAAUUGUUGCAUCUUAUAGUUCCUGAAUUGGCAUCUAAAGGAAAGGAAAGAUAGAGAAGCACGUGCUGCAGAAGGAGGGUGGACAGUUGUGGUGCAUCAUAAAGGUAGAAAGCGAACAACUGGUUCCGAAACUGGAAUAACUGUGGGUUCUGUUGCCCAUGCUGCCGUGAUGGUCCAUAAAGAAAAGUAAAGAAGAUUCUCUAGAUUUUUAUAGAUUCCAAAGGCGGGAAGCCCAAAGGAAUGGUACAUUAAUUUUACUUGAAAAAAUCUUCUUUUUCCAAUUUUAUUCACUGAAACAUGUAUGAAUGAUAUCACAUGAUU